AAGAACCUCUUCAACGCUGCGAUCCUCGGCAAGGCGCCCGUGGAGGAUACAAAGCUCCGAGAUGAGCGCGAUGCGACUGAUGGAGUGGAGAGGCUGAUGAAGGAGAACUGGGACCAGGUGACCCAGGGCUCAGAGGAGGAUGUAUGGGUCAUGCACAUAGACUUUGUCGACUUUCGAUACCUCGACACCCACAGAAACAUCACCCGUCUCACCCGAGAACACCAAAAAGCCGGAAAGAAAGGCAUGGACCACUUCAGAUUCGCCCGGGUUGACUAUAUGCGCGAGGCGGAGAUCUGUACGCGGUGGUUGAUCUUCAGCUCGCCGAUACUUGUAUUCGUCUCGGACCAGGGGAAGACACUACGCUUCGCCCCUAAGAACCUGGUCGGAGCGGGCGGGGACUUCGUUUUUGAGAUUAUGGAGUCCGGCGAGUGGACGAGGAUACCGGUUUGGAAGAGUCGCUAUGCGCCAGGAGGGGAUCGCGCCCACAUUGUCGAGUUUUACCUCAAGUCCUCAGAUUUCGUCUACGCUCAAUCCGCAAAGGUGCCGACGCUGGUCUGGAUGGGUAUGUUUGCAGCCAUCACCCAAGGGUUUGUCAAGUGGAUGCAC